AUGGCUCUCCAUCCGGAGCGUAAAUUGAUCUGGCAGCGAGUCAUACCAACCAUGGCUGCUGAGCAAGAGUAUUUGAUGCAUCUUCUGCUGGCGCUGGCCGGCACGCAUGCGCUAUGCGAGGCAGACUCACCCGACACCAAUUUAUUGAACUCCAAAUUUGACCAGACUAUCCCCGAAGCAGAAUGCUUUCGUGACUACCACCGCAUCCUCGAUCAUCACCAGAAAGGCCUUGAAGGUUUCCGACACGCAUUAUCAGAGGCGACAGCUAGUACAGCCGAAUACAUAUUCUGUGGCUCCAUCCUAAUAGUGGCUUUUUCUUUUGCUUCCUUGCGCAUUCGCGCUUUAGGUGAUAAGGGAAUAGGCUUCCACAAUGGUGACUCAGCCGGAGAACCCUGGAUUGACUGGCUGCAUCUAGUUCGCGGUUUGGGCGCUUUGGUAGGAGAGCACUUUAUAGCUCUCCGGACCAGCAGGUUACGGACCUUAAUGGAUUACCCUCAAGCUAAUGAGCACUGGAAGGACUUUCUAGCGAUAACGCCCACACGGGUAUUCCCACGUCUACGACACGCGUCCCCGCAAUUUGUUCGCUUCUCCCAAGGAGCUGCUCAGCAGAUUUCCUUGUUGCGCGGCUUUGCGAACACCCUUACCCAGGACUUUGGGAUAAACAUGGAAGAAACCCCAAGCCCAGAUUCUUAUGGAUCUCCCAAUAUACAAACGAUUCCAGAUUUUCUACGCGAACAAAUCAGCACGCUCGAUUGUCUUGAGCAAAUGUACAUGCGAACUCUCUACGUCUUUCACUUUUCAGCCAGUGAGCGCGAUAGCUCCGCCUCCAUGGAUAUUCAGACCGACCUAGAAGAUGCAGCUGUCCUGUCGUGGCCGAAUUUCAUCUCAAACGCAUUUGUCUUGUCGCUACAGCAAGGACAGGAUGCAGGGAUCUUCGGAGGAUUUUCAUACGUGAUCCUGGCACAUUUCUAUGUCAUUCUGCUGCUAUUUGAGGAUUUGUGGUAUAUACGGGGGUCAUUUCCAAGGGAGAUCCGGAACAUUCAUCGGCUGGUCGAGACGCUCGGAGAUGGGGCGUUGAGGUCUCUCAUGGAGUGGCCGAUGGCAAUGCAGGGGGAGUAA